CGGAGAACUGGACCGAUACCCGUGAGACGCUGCUGGAGGGGAUGCUCUUCAGCCUCAAGUACAUGGGCAUGACGCUGGUGGAGCAGCCCAAGGGAGAGGAGCUCUCCGCAGCCGCCGUCAAAAGGAUCGUCGCCACGGCAAAAGCAAGCGGAAAGAAACUGCAGAAAGUGACUCUGAAAGUCUCACCCAGAGGGAUCGUGUUAAACGACAGCGGGACGAACGAGCUGAUCGAGAACGUCUCCAUAUACAGGAUAUCCUACUGCACGGCAGACAAGAUCCACGAUAAAGUGUUUGCCUACAUUGCCCAGAACCAGCUCAAUGAGAACCUGGAGUGCCAUGCCUUCCUCUGUACCAAGCGGAAAAUGGCACAAGCAGUCACCCUCACUGUGGCCCAGGCCUUCAAAAUUGCAUUUGAGUUCUGGCAAGCAGCUAAGGAAGAGAAGGAGAAGCGGGAAAGGUCCAUCUUGGAAGGAGAAGGGACGAGCAGCCCCUGCUCAGAAGCCCCUGCCCACCCUGAUGCAUCAGCAGCCACGGGGAACUUACUGGAUUUAGAAGAUCCCACCAAAUCACCCCUGACCAGCAGCGCCAACUCCCCACACUUGGAUAACAGUGUGUUUGGGCCCAGCUCCUCCGUAAAUAACAACGUGGUGUGGGAAAUGGAUGAUGGUCUCGACGAGGCAUUUUCAAGACUGGCUCAGUCGAGAACGAACCCUCACGUCCUCGACACGGGACUGACGGCUCAAGACAUCCAGAGCGCAGAAACGCUCUCCCCUGUAGACUGGAACAAAAUAGAUUCCAACGCAGGCGAGAAGGAUGAUUUGUUCAUGUUUUGA